CAACAUCAUCAACUCAUCGUCUGAUCGUCUUCUCGUGUCUUGUUGCGCUGCGUCCGCUUGCAAGACGCUGCAAGAAAAACUCAUCUCAUCCAGACGAGCUGCUGCAUUCACAUACACACACACGGACACUGUCUCAACAAGUAAGGCACCCACCGACCCCACACCCACGUUCAUAUCAUCUCUCAGCCACUCCCCUGCCCGUUGCCGUUUCGCGUGCAUAUGCGACGGCCUUCUGCAUGGCCGCCACGGCCUUUGGCGGCCAACGCACUUUGCCCUCGAGAAACGACCGCUGCGAAUAGUCCUUCUGCGCAUCGGGCGACAACAGCCGAAAGAAACGAGCCGACCCUUCCUUGUCACCCCUGCACCCACACACACACAGUCGGCAGGACAUCGUGAUCCCAAGCGAAAGCACGUCUGUAUGCCUGACUGAUCGGCAGAGCGGAGCGACCGACCUGGUGAAGUAGAUGGCUGAGGUGGCGGCGUUGACCUCGGCUGCAUCGGGGAAUUUGCUCUGCACUCGUCUCAUGAUGCCGAAAGACUCCAACACUCUGUUCUGCUCGAGCAGGGCCAGGCAGUACCUCAGCCAGAAUGGCUGCGGGUCCGACGCGAGCAAGCCCACCGCACCCUCGUAAUCGGCAGCUGCCUCCGACCAUCGACCACAUUGGUCCAAAGCCUGCCGUGGUGGGCAGACAGACAGGCGAAUGCUCCUGGUGGGCAGAGUGUUGAUGCCGUCAGGUGGCUGACCUGUGCUCUGGAUGUGAGCACUAAUGCGUCCGGCCUGCCCCUCAGCCUCUUUGCUUCGUCCAGGUCCUCCACGGCCUGCAUGAAUGCAUGUAGUUAUCAACACCAACACGUCCCCUCCUGUGCGCUUCUGUUGUCAUUCACUGACUAACCGUGGAGCACUCCUUCAGCGUCAGUCGUAUGUUGCCCCUCUGCAGAUAGACUGUCCACAGGUCAGACGGCGUGGCCCUGCCCUCGCGGAACAGAUCGAUGGCCCUCGUCAGCUCAACGAGGGCCUCUCUUGGCUCUCCACGGUUGGCCUUUGCGGUGCCAAGACUUGAGUAGCCAUACGCAUAGUUGGGGGCUGCUUUGGUGACCCGCUCCAGCAGGAUGACGGCAUCGUCCCACCGGCCCUCCUCAAGCGCAGCCCUCGCCUUACGAUACACUCCUCCUGCACCACACACAACACAGGCAGCAGAGCAGAGAGGAGUGGCAUGGUGGAACACGGACACGUUCGCCUAUUUUGUCUUCUCCUGGCUUGAUUGCCCACCUGCCUCUCCAGAUAUGCGAGUAGGGUCGACAGCCACAGGAUUCUCAGACAGCCAGACGGUCGAUAGUCCUGCAGUGCCCUGGUCGCCACUGCUGAGAUGGGAAUUAUGGCCAUGGAGCCCGGUCGGUGUCAGAGAAGUGGACGCCUCUGAGGCGGGCAUGAUGAAGAUAAACGACAGCAGGAGCAAGCCAAGCCGCAGGGCAUCCCUCAGAGCCGACGGCAUUGCUGCAUCAUCCAGUCGGCAUCGUUGCUGGGCUUCUGCGACAGGUGAUGUGCUGAAGCGUUGUGAUGAGUGCCGCCUCCUUGCGAUUGUUGAAAGCGCACCAGCCCUGACAGAUGGCAGUUGAAAUGCAGGCCUUAGCUGGCGGCUGCGUUGCUGCGUGUGAACCUCAUCCCACGAUGCGGUCUGGACCAUGAAAUGAGCGAGGAUAACGAUAGCGAUGGCUACAUGAUGCACGGCCUUCACCAUAGAGCUGCAAACACCUCAAAAUGAGCAGAUC